ACUUCCGUUAUAGACCGGAAGUGCUACCCGUCCUCACAAGCCGCUCCCGAGGAGAACGGACUUGCCGUUAGAAAAGCCUCUCGCGAUCGGUUAUUGCGACAUUAAAUUACAAUCCAUGCUUUUAAAAAAAAAAUCUCUGUAUGGGUUGGCGUGUGACUCUCUGCCCGCAUAAUCUCUACGCGACUAGAGAGGAAGAGGGAGGAACAGAGAGAGAGAGGCGGGCUUCCAGGCUGGGUCGCCGGGUAACCGGCGGCUCACUUCCGGUCUGGACCGGAAGUAGGCCUCCCCCUCCUCCUCCCGGGUUCCAGGGAGGACAAUAGACGGAGAUGGCGGCGGCGGCUACUUUGGGGCGGCGAGUCCUGCUUGGGUCGUGGCUGCUGCUGGCCGCCCAGGUAUCCUGUGAAUUUGGCAUGGUGCGCAUCUUCUCCGAGAAGGGAAGCGCCAAAGGAAAAGACUAUUGCAUCCUCUUCAACUCCCAAUGGGCCCACCUGCCCCACGACCUGGGCAAAGCUUCGCUCCUGCAGCUGCAGGACCGGACGGUGUCUGUCCUGUGUGCUCCAUCUGAUGUGCCCGACGGUGGCUUCAGCAACACAAUCCCCAUGGUGAUGCGGGGGAACUGCACCUUCUACGAGAAAGUCCGGCUGGCUCAGAUCAACGGUGCUCGGGGGUUGCUGAUUGUCAGUCGAGAGAGACUGGUUCCUCCUGCUGGCAACCGGAGCCAGUAUGAAGAGAUCGACAUCCCCGUGGCCCUGCUCAGCUAUGCGGACAUGCUGGACAUUGGCAAGAGCUUUGGCCAUUCCGUCAAGGUGGCAAUGUAUGCACCCAACGAGCCCGUCUUAGACUACAACAUGGUGAUCAUCUUUGUGAUGGCCGUGGGCACGGUUGCCGUCGGCGGAUACUGGGCCGGAAGCAGAGAUGUGAAGAAGCGAUACAUGAAGCACAAGAGGGACGACGGGGCGGAGAAGCACGAGGACGAAACAGUGGACGUCACCCCCAUCAUGAUCUGCGUGUUCGUGGUCAUGUGCUGCUCGAUGCUCGUCCUUCUCUAUUACUUCUACGAUCACCUAGUAUAUGCCAUCAUAGGAAUAUUCUGCCUUGCGGCUUCCAUCGGACUGUACAGCUGUCUCUCUCCGUUUGUGCGAAGGUUUCCUCUGGGGAAAUGCAGGGUCCCGGAUAACAACUUGCCAUAUUUCCACAAGCGCCCUCAAGUCCGGAUGCUGCUGCUGGCCGUCUUCUGUGUCGCCAUCAGCUUGGUCUGGGGUGUCUUCCGAAAUGAGGACCAGUGGGCCUGGGUCCUCCAAGAUGCCCUGGGAAUCGCCUUCUGCCUGUACAUGCUCAAGACCAUCCGCCUGCCCACCUUCAAGGGCUGCACUCUGCUUCUGCUGGUCCUCUUUGUCUACGACGUCUUCUUCGUUUUCAUUACGCCGUAUUUAACCAAGAUGGGGGAGAGCAUCAUGGUGGAAGUAGCCGCUGGCCCGACAGACUCCGCCACUCACGAAAAGCUCCCGAUGGUGCUGAAGGUCCCAAGGCUCAACUUCUCCCCACUGGCGCUCUGCGACCGGCCUUUCUCCCUCCUGGGAUUCGGGGACAUCUUGGUUCCAGGUCUGCUGGUCGCCUAUUGCCACAGGUUUGACAUUCAAGUCCAGUCCUCCCGAGUGUAUUUUGUGGCUUGCACUAUAGCCUACGGCAUCGGCCUCCUGGUGACCUUUGUGGCGCUGGCACUGAUGCAGAAGGGCCAGCCGGCGCUCCUCUACCUCGUGCCCUGCACGCUCCUCACCAGCUUCGUCGUGGCCCUUUGGCGCAAGGAGCUGAACAUGUUCUGGACGGGCAGCGGCUUUGCGAAGGACCUACCUCACCCCCCUUUGGUGAUCUCCCCUGUCGGCUGCCCUGCAGCCCCAAAAGAGGCCGCUUCUCCACAGUCUCAGGCAGAAGCCAUCGACCAGCCGGCCACUCCUACUUUCCCGGCUGAUGAGCCCACUCGCAGCUGCCUGCUGAAUGGUGAGGAGCCGUGUGUCCCCUUCCUGGAGAAGGCGGAGGAGGCGGAGGAGGCGGCAGCACAGACUGAGCCCCGUGAGACGGCCCCCCAGUCUCCACAUAUAGAAGAGCCUGGCCCUCAGAAGGACAUCGAUGGCCCUGGGAGUAAGAGCCUCUCGGUGGAGCAGAGCCAGUCUAACUAGGAGCGUCCCCUUCUCCUCACCCCCCUGCCGCAAAUCCCCCACCCCACUCUUUUUUCUCUCCUUCCCCAUCACAGACUAACUAACUGGAGAUGAACUAAGGACUGAUUUGGUCGCCUUUUGCGUUCAGCCCAGAAGCGCAUCUCAUACCUUUGAUCAUCCAGCGUGAGAAAACUCCUGUGGCUGAGUUCUGGACAUGCAAGGGGGAAAAAAAAAAUAAUAAUCAAGCAUUUCACACCUCAUUUCCCCGCUUCCCCAAAUAUGGUGCUUAAUGAAGGUUCUGGUAGAAUUUCAGUGAUAGUUUUAAAAAACAGCAACAAUAGCAGAUGCCUUUUCCUUCCCUAUUUCAUGAUGCUGGGAUAGUAUUAAGAUAACUUCUUUUUUAAAGACGUAGGCAGUAUUUUGCGCUUGGGUGGCUGUGAUAUUGCUUUAGCAGGGGGAGAACACUCCUGGACCACGCAGGGGGAGAACACUCCCCUGCUCCUCUGACUGUUGCUGGCUUUCUCUUUUUUUAUAUAUAAAAAGUAUAACUUUCCCCUCCCCUGGAAGGGCCUGUGUCUCUUUGCGCGGCUUUUGCCUCCUGUUGGAGCACUUUGAAUGCAAACGUUGAGGAACAAAGUGGCCUCUGGAAAGGAUUUGAUCACCCCAAGGGGAGCCGACUCGGUCUUUGCUUUUUUGGGGGGGAGCGGGCGGUGUGUGUGGGAUGCUAAUACUGUUGGAAGGCAUGCCAGAGCUUUUGUUUCAGGGGAGAUCACUCUGAUCUGGACCUGUCCUAGGAAACUCCUGUGACUUCCCUCCAAAUUGUUAGCAGUUAGCCUUUUAACGACCGGGCAGUCCAGCCCUGGCGCUCCUCUCUGAAGCUCUCUGGAGUUAGGGAUAGAUCAGUUCCUGCGGAGAAGAAAAUGUCUUCGUGUUUCCGUGCCUCCCGACCUCCCGGGAAGAUGUGAAUGAAAGUGUUUCUCCAUAGAGGGUGUGCCUCUGAUCACCAGAGCCCUGGACUUGCUCUGGUGCUGUGAUGAGGUCACUUCCUGGGAGACACCUUCUGGGGAAGAGAGGGGGUUCAGGCAGCUCGCCUUUCUUCCAGCUCACCCCCCUGCCCUUCCUCCAGUCCUGAGACUGGUCACAGGCCUGGCCCAGGAGGGCAUUCACCCCUUGGGAGCGUGAUUGGAGAGCCAAGAGCCCUCUGGGUUGCCUCGCCCUUCUCCCCCUGAAGGUGACGGGGCGUUGAAAGCACAGUUGUGUCUCCCGUCAAUUCCGUGCUAUAAAUUGGAUGUCAACCGACUGUUCUGGGGAGCCCCCAAACUCUUGGGGCGCACUGGGGUCCUUGGCGGCGCUUACUCUUGGGGCUCCCACCUCCUCCACCUGCCAAGAGGCAAAUUGCACAGGACAGGCCCUCUCCUCCCCUUGUAGCUCAGCCCAGACCUCCUUUGGGGCCUAUCGGGAAGCGGGGACAACUUGCAAUGUUUUUUCCCCUUCUUUGUGCUUUUUGGGACAGCAGCCUUGGAGUUUGGCCUCCCUAGGGCAGCAGUGAUGCGCGCCCCGAAUGAGGAGCUUGGGUUUGUGUGUGUGGGGGGGCUAACCUGAGGGUCUGGGUGCAAGUGCUUUCUCCGUUAACACCUUUAUUGGUUAAAAGCUCCAGGGAGAGUUGAAGGGAGAUUACAGUCUUAACGGUUCUGGACGGGUUCAGGGUCGUGUGAAUCCCCCCCGGAGAGUCUCUUAGAUCUCAUCUGGCAUCCCAAGCCUGUAAUCUCUCUAGGGGCUUUUCGUUUGUUUAGUUUUGCCUGUGUCUCUCUCCCCAUUUAUCAUGUUGUGUGUCAGUGUCCUUUUUGUUUUCGGACUGUAAGACGUGGCUCUACAACCUUUAUGUAUAAAAGUUUACCAGCUUCUGCUGAGUGCCUGGUGAUCCCGCUUGCCACCUCCCGCUCCGCCAGGGGGCCUCAGUCCUCACUCCCUGGGAGGAUUUCCUGGGCUUCCCUAAGACCUUUCCCACUCGCCCCCUGCCCUAAAUUGGCCUGGGCCUGGUUCCUUGGUGGGGCGUGUGGGCGGUGUGCGGAGCCAACCCGUCGCUUGUGCAGAAUGAUGGACGCUUGUCUUAGAUACUACAGGAUUAUGCCUUAAUUUAAGCCAUUUUAUAAAUGUAUAUGGAACUUUUUAUUUUACAAAAGCAGGUUAAAACAAUAAACUUGACAAAGCAUCAGGUCAUUUGGUC